AUGUUGAUACACGCAUCUGAAGCAGAAACGCUCAACUCCAUUCGCUUAGCCCUCGAGCGUGAAGAGCAGCAGAUUCGUGUCAACGACAGCACAGGCGAGGUCUACGACAUUACCAUCUCCAGAUCCGCGCCAUACGCCUCUCCCGUCGUCUCUCGCUCCGUCACACCUAGCAACACCAAUGAUGCCGCCUUCUCUGGCGUGAAUGGACUCACUUCUACCACUUCGGCAGGGCAUCGCAUCCUUCGGCUACCUCAGCUCGUAAGCAAGCGUGCACAUGGCAAUCACCAUGCCGUCCAGCAGCCUGCCAUCAUAGAGUCUCCAACACAAACCGACAGACCUUUGCCAGAUGUCGCUGAGCUUGGUCAAGGUCGCACACGUCAGCAAAACACAGCCUCGCUUAACGGCUCUAAUGGUGCCAACGGUGCCUCGUCAAGUCCCGGAGCAGGGUCAAUAGGUCGUCAGGAUGCAGCACAAAAGUCACAGUCCAGCUUUACCGCACCAACACGCCAUCAUCCAUUCCUCAGCGAACUUCCACCAUCGCCUCCUCUUGAGGCCGACUACAUUGCCGGUCACGACUCUCGCAAUGGCCUUAUGAGCACUGUCGCCAAUGGUUCGUCUCAGAUUCCCGCCUAUCCCGGCAAUGCUUCUUCUUCUUCUUCUUCUUCUUCCAACACCUAUAUGGAUGAUCGUGCCGAUGGAGCUUCUGUCCCUGCUGCGCCGCUUCUGACAAAAGCUCCCGUUGCGCGGCGAGCUUACACUGCCGACUCGACACAGAUUCUCGGCUCAGCGUCCACCUCAGCUCCCAAGGUCACGGCCGUACCUACUCUUGUCGACGAGCCCGCACAGUUGGAUGGAGUAUCUACAUCACAACAGCAGUCUCAGCCCGGUACCGGCGCAUACCGUUCGCCCAUUAAGCUCAAGGAGCGCCGCAAUGCAUCCAACGCAUCCACUGCCAGCACCGCAUACCGUACUGCCUCCUCCCAUGGCGGCGCAUCUGACGAGGACGACGAAGCUUCCUUCACCCAACGACGCUUCCCUUUGUACGGUUCUGCUUCCUCGCACUUGGCUAAUGGCACCAAUGGUGUUGUCCCAGCUCCUGCCAUCCGACUCACGCACGAUGCCUCACCUUACUUUCACCACCCACAGCAAGGUACCGAGGCAGGUCCGUCGCAAUUGCCCACGAAUGGCGACCUGUCAGGACCACCCAACGGCAUCCCACCACGUCAGCAAAUAGCCCGCCGCAAUACCACAGGCUCGUCCUUGCAAGCUCGUCGUUCUCAGUCAGGAGGCAGUCUCACGCAUUCCGUGCGCCGAUCCAGCCGAGAUCGCGAUCCCAACUCGCAAUCUGCAGGGCAGCCAUGGCUCUCUGACUCUCUCAAUUCGCUCACCACCGCUGACGGUCCAGCACAUGCUCUGCGAACAGGAGAUGCUGCUUUCGACGAAGAAGCAGCCAAGCAUGCAGAACAGCUCCGAAGAGAUCGUCGGUACAAGGAGCAAAAGGCACGAGAUGCCGCAGCCGAAGGAUCUGCGGGAGACAAAGAUGUAGGAGCUGUUGGUACUGGCGGCGUCGUUGGUGCUUUGACCCGCUCCAAGACCGGCCGAGACUGGCUGAACAAGGAUAAAGAGCGUGCCGAUCGCGAGCGUGAGGAAGACGCCGAACCCAAAGUGCUCGUCGGCAACCUCAUCGGCGAAGGUCACGCCAACUACGUGCUCAUGUACAACAUGCUCACCGGUAUUCGUAUUGGUGUUUCGAGGUGUCAGGCCAAGAUGAAGCGUCCAUUGUGCGAUGCUGACUUCACUGCCAAACACAAGUUCACCUUCGAUAUCAUCGGUCGAGAGUUGACGCCCACAGCCAAGUACGACUUCAAGUUCAAGGACUACGCACCUUGGGUCUUCCGUGAACUGCGCGAGCACUUCCACCUUGACGCGGCGGACUAUCUGUUGUCGCUCACGUCUAAGUACAUCUUGAGCGAGCUGGGCUCGCCAGGUAAGAGUGGAUCCUUCUUUUACUUCUCGCGCGACUACCGCUUCAUCAUCAAAACGAUCCGACACAAUGAGCACAAGUUCUUGCUGCGCAUCCUCAAGGACUACCACGAACAUGUCAAAGCCAACCCGCAUACACUGUUGAGCCGCUUCUACGGCUUGCACCGUGUCAAGCUACCAGGUGGCCGCAAGAUUCACUUUGUCAUCAUGAACAACCUCUUCCCACCUCAUCGUGACGUUCACGAGACGUAUGAUCUGAAGGGGUCUUCGAUCGGAAGAGAAUUUCCCGAGGACAAGGCGGCCGCCAAGUCCGGUGCAGUGCUCAAGGAUCUCAACUGGCUCAAGCGCGGGCGCUCGAUCGAGUUGGGUCCUGAGAAGCGAGCUUUGCUCGAAGCACAGUUGCAAAGCGAUGUGGCGCUAUUGCAGCGACUCAACAUUAUGGACUAUUCGCUGCUGAUUGGAUUGCAUGACAUGCGUAGGGGAAACAAGGACAAUCUGCGACAGGACAACUUGCGUGUCUUUCAGCCCGAGACCAAGGAGUUGAAGCGUCAGCCUACUCAGGUCAAGCGUCCGACUGGUACCGGAAGCGAGCAAGAUGCUUCUGCCUUGCGUCAAGCCGUUCGUCGGUCUGAUCCGAAGGCGCUCAACGCACAGCAGGUGACCAAGCUGCCCGAUCGCGAUGUGAGCGAACGUCGUCACUUCUUGUUCUACCAGGACGAAGGUGGAUUCCGAUCGACGGACGAACACAACCAGCCUGGGCAUAUGAUCUACUAUCUUGGUGUCAUUGACCUCUUCACGCCCUACACAUCAGUCAAGCGCGGCGAGACGAUCUGGAAGGGCCUGACUCAGAACCGACACAUGAUCAGUUCAGUGCCUCCCAAAGAGUACGGUCAGCGCUUCUUUGACUUCCUCUGCAGUGUCAUUACGGGUGGUGACAAGAGUCGUAGGCCCAAGAUGUGGGGCUUUACAGGCGAAGAUGCGACCAAAGCUAAGGGCAACAAGGGCAAAGAUCUUCAGAUUGAGAAGACGGUUCAGAAGCAGCAGUAG